UCUGGAAGCUUCCACCCACUCUGCUCCCUAUAAAGGUAGACAGGAUAGCCAGCAGAGCAGAGAGACAGAGAGGCAAAGAGGCUGAGAUCAACGCAGAAACGUCCAACUGUCUCCCUCCACCAUGCAGAUCUCCACAGGGCUUCUGUGCCUGCUGCUUGUGGUCACUGCCUUCACCUCCCAGGUUUUGGCUCACCCAGGGUCCAUCCCAGCUUCCUGCUGCUUUGUGAUGACCAGUAAGAAGAUCCCCAAACAACUACUGAAGAGCUACAAAAACAUCACCAACAGCAGAUGCCCCCUAAAAGCCAUAGUCUUCAAGACCAAGUCGGGCAAAGAUAUGUGUGCUGACCCCAAGCAGAAGUGGGUCCAGGAUGCCACAAAGUACCUUGACCAAAUCCUCAGAAUCCCAAAACCAUAAACCAUCCCAUCUGUUGAGACUAAACCACAGCCUAAAACACAAAUGCUUGAUUUAUUCCCCAUUCCUAAGCUGUGCUCUCGGGUCGUCUCAACACCAUUCCCCAAGGACUUGACCUCAUUUCGUUACGGGUGGGACUGGAAGUCAUUAUGUCCUGUGAAAUAAGCCAGACGCGGAAAGGUUGUGUAAUUUCUUAAAUAUGCAAAAUCCUAAAGGGGGGCUUAAAAGAUGCCAGAUUAUUGAGGAAUGGGGUGGAACAGGAUGGGGGAAUAAUUGAGGAUAAUACAGGAGUAAAUAUGAUCAAAACACCUUAUAGACGUGUGAAAAUGUCAUAAUAUAAUGCAUUGCUUUGCAUAAUUAAUAUAUAGUAAUUAAAUAUUAAUAUUUUAAAAGUUGUUACAUUUACAUACUUGGAGUUUUAAAGCAUAUUUUUAUGGAUAUCAGUUCUUUUUGUUGUUUAUUUGUUUGAGACGGUGCCUUACUGUAUCACUCUGGCUGACCUAGAACUCAGUAUAUAGACCAGGCUGUCAAACUCACAGAGAUCAACCUGUCUCUGCUUUCCAAGUGCUGGGAUUGUAAAGGAAUGUGCUACCAUGCUAAACCAAUGUAUUUUUUAUUAGUAUAUACUAAUUAUAUGUAAUAACAUAUUUCAGUACAACUUUUUCUUACAUAUCAUUUUUAAUGCCUGAGCCUUUUUAAUUGUUUUUAUUGAGCUAUGUAUCUGAGCUUGAGGAGAUUCCUAUCCCUCUGUUAGUCCAGAUUAAGUCCUCUUGUGGUCUCCUCCCCAUUUACCUGGUAACGGUCACUGUUAUGGAAGUCUAUUUUUGUAUUUCCAGGAGGAUAUUGUUAUUGUGGAUGUAAGGUGUGCAGUGUCAAAUGGAAGGGAAUUGAUUUGGCAUUCAUAAAAUCCAUGUGUA